CCGGAAACUGUUGUCAAUCCUGAAUAGGAAAAGGACAGACCUGUCCGUCAAAUGAUUGUCGCUCCAACCUGCCAGUCGGUUGAUGGUAGAGCGAAUCACACUGUCCAAUCAGCGUUGUAAUUUUCCCUUUGCCGGCCAAUGGGAAUCUUGGAGGCAGGACUUCCGGCGGAGCUGGGCGCCAUGGCGAAGACCUACGAUUACCUGUUUAAGCUACUGCUGAUCGGAGAUAGUGGCGUCGGCAAAACCUGCGUCCUUUUCCGCUUCUCCGAGGACGCCUUUAACACCACCUUCAUCUCGACAAUCGGUAUUGACUUUAAAAUCAGAACAAUUGAGUUGGAUGGAAAGAAAAUCAAACUGCAGAUAUGGGACACAGCUGGUCAGGAACGGUUUCGGACAAUCACUACUGCAUACUACCGAGGGGCGAUGGGUAUUAUGUUAGUGUAUGACAUCACCAAUGAAAAGUCCUUUGAUAAUAUCAAGAAUUGGAUCAGGAAUAUUGAGGAGCAUGCCUCAGGCGAUGUAGAGAAAAUGAUCCUUGGGAACAAGUGCGAUGUAAAUGAGAAAAGACAAGUCAGCAAAGAACGUGGAGAGAAGUUAGCCAGUGACUAUGGAAUUAAGUUCAUGGAAACCAGCGCAAAAGCAAAUAUAAAUGUGGAGAAUGCAUUCUUUACUCUUGCCAGAGACAUAAAAACAAAAAUGGACAAAAAGCUGGAAGGUAACAGUCCACAAGAUAGCAACCAGGGUGUGCGAAUCACCUCAGAACAGAAAAAGAGCAGUUUCUUCCGUUGUCUCCUUCUGUGAUGAACUCUGCCUUUGGAAAAGUCCGAGCACUUUCAGACUUGAAUUGAAAUGUGCACACACUGUGCUUUUCUUGUACAGAUGGACACUUCCUUUGGACAAGCCUUGUUGUGUGGACAAAGACUUACAGUGACCAAGCAGUUGAGGUUUUUGGCUUUUAGGACCUGUCCAAUGAUGAUUACCUCAGUGAUGGAAAUGCGCACAUCAGAAUACUCUGUUGGGACCCCCCCCCCCCCAUAUUACUGAUUUCCAAUCGGUUGAGGUGCAGUUGUGUGAAAUUCUAGCAGACCUGCUUCCUCUAAUUUCCUCUGCUUUUCCUGCUUUGUUUCUCCCUACUGAUCGUGUUGUGAACAUGGUAUCAGCAUUGAGCCUUUUCCUGUUCCAGCAGCCCAGUAUUUUAAUGUGCUAUUGCUGUUGUUGCUUCACAUGUGACUCUCCUUAUACAUUGCUAUGUCUGAAAGGGCUUUGUUUGCUUUCUGCCAGUGUAUCAUGUCUGUAUAUUGGUUGACGUGAUGAUUAUGAGAAGGUUAGAGUAGCCCAAAUGUCAGUUUUCAGACCGAGAGUCAAGUAUAUCUGUUCCCUGGAUGGUUAUGGUGCUGAAAACUGCUCAGUUGAUCACUUCCUGUCCCACAUCUAUUGAAUUCUUGGUCUCAUGGCUUUCCCUGUAUUUAGGUUUUCAUCAUCAUGCAGUGUGCUGAAGCUGCUGGCGAUGUAGUGCAGCAGUGUCACUGUCACUGUUAUAUCCGUGGCAGGUUUAGCUAAGUGUUGCUAGUGGGCACUUUGUCCUGAACCACCAGACAAAAAUUGGAUCUCGGGUAGACUUUUCCUUUGUUCCUGAUGUUUACUAUGGCAGCGCAUCAAUACCACUCCUGCUUUUCCAGGGCUUCAGAGGCAAGUGGCCAGAAUCAACCAAAGGCAAUAUUUCCAAAUGAUGACUGCCUGUAUUGUGAUGUUAUCCCUGCAAGUGGCACCAAUUAGUGCAGGUUCAGUGUAUUGAGGACCAGAGAACAGGGGUGGUGGGUGUUGAUGAGGAGUAGAGAAUGUAGCAAAGGGGUUGAGACCAAAGAGUUGGGAGGGCAGCCUAGAUAGAAACAAACCCCCUCCCCCACCAUCCCAGCCCCUGAUUAGAGCUGAGCUGCAUUAGCCAUUCAUUUAUUUGUAGCCUUAUUCGUUAGCCAUUACUUUGUUUCAGCACUGCUCAGUUGACAGACCCUUGCUGAACCAUGUUCUGAAAACUCCCUGAAUACGGAUGCGUAAGGCCACAGUUCAGUGCGGGUGCUGUCCGUGGUUGCAAGAAGUGGACCAGAACUGAUUCAUUUGUAGCUCACAGGCUGCAAGAAUCAGCAGUUUAGCAGAAUAGAGAGUUAAUGCACUAUGGGAAGGUUCUGUUAAUAAGCUUCAUGUAUAUUUCUGGAACCUGAGUAUUGACAUAGUAAAAUUCUCUCAGGGAGAUAAAUUGCACUUUCAGUUGAAGAGCUGUCAAUGUUGUAAUAUUUGAAUGUGGAGUAUGAGACUUAUACACACUUUAUCACCAGGUGGUUUGUCUCUUAUUUUUUGUUAUAAAUUUCCAUGCCAGGCUGUAACUAUCACCAUAUAAAUUGGUUAGUAAGUAGGAUUUACUGAUAAGGCUAUUGUUACAGACUUGCUUUAGGUAUGGUAAUGUUUUGAUUCCUUUAAAACCAAUGAGUAGUUAUGAAGUUAAUUUUAGUUUCUUGAAUAUUAAGUAGAAAGGCAGUGAGAACAGUGGCUUCUAUUCUGACCAACAUUCAGCAUUACCUCCUCCCAGACCAUUUUCACCCUUUUGCCCACUAACAGUGAUCAAGGAGAUGAGUGUAUCUCUGUCAGAUCUCCUCACAGAAAUGGAAACCCACAAAGCCAAGAGUACAUGGUUUGUCAGAGCCCUUGAACAUAAUGCUUAUUCUUAAACAUUUAAGGUUAAAGACCUGCACUAUGGGUGUUUAAAGUUAUCAUGCAGACAGCAGUAAUGGAGGAUGCUCCUGUAUUGAUGAUACACAGUUGGUUGUGUACAGUGAUAACUGCUUUUCCACAUAUAUGUAGCAAGUUGGUUUAGCAGGUACUGCACUUGGUGAAACCAGAAUAUCCUUUUGUAUUUCACUGUGCACUUUGUGUAGUUUGGAUGAAGGAGUGAAGACAUGCAUCCUUUAAUCCUACACAUAGAAACUAUGUUGUUAUCAAAAAGCUGGCCUUGUACAAAUCAUGUCACCUGUUUGGAUAUCUAAGCUGAUUACUUCAUCAGAGUUCACCAGUCUGAGCUGUCCCUUUCCAAGCAGUCAGGAAUAGACUGACAUUUGAAGACCCGUUUUUCAGUUUCCUACUCAUUCUAAAUAUAAUGGUCUUGUGAUUAAGGUGAAUAAGUUUAUUCCCAAGGGCAUUUUGCAAGAUGUAGAAUGCCAUGCCCCUCCAAAGUUUCCAGCUGUUGCCCCAAUGAUUUGUAAACGAGCCUUUUUUCUCAUGAUUACAUUCUUUGUAUAUGCCCCAAUCAUUAAAAAUAUUUCUUCUUCUUGUUUUAUAUCCACUGAUUCCACUACUUUGGAUCUCACUUGAAAGGAAAUUGUUUAUUCACUUCCUGGAAUGUGACCUGCAGUUUUCAAGCUAGUAUUGGCCAUAUUCCCCGAAUCCCAUCCAUUUUGUCAUCUUACAGUAUUCCCUUCUGUUAAAUGUUUGUUUUGAGAUGUUUAAAAAGUUUAAUUUUGUGUAAUGUCUUUUUCUUCCCCAUCCCCCUGCCUCCACCACCACCCAUAAUCCCAUAGUCCUUAAAUCUUGCCAUUACUUCAUGAUGUAAGUUCCUUCUAACUUUUGUUGUUUAGAUCAUCCAGGAUGACUGUGGCAUUCUAAUAGUUGUUAGAUUAACAGUUUGUUCAAUUCCCACUAUAAUACAGAUAUAUGUUAUUGUUGGUGUCACCUUACAGCUGGACCUGGAAUUUAAUGUACCAUCCGGACUCAGUUAUUCAAGUGGGCUUUAACUAUGUUGAAAAGCAGAGUUCUCAUAAUGUUUCACACCAUUUAGAGCUAACAAUAUUUUUGAUGUUUUAAAAGAGGCAGAUAACAGUAUCUAAUAUGUGAAAACAGUUCCAAGUUUCCAAACGAAUUUAACUUUGUUCCUUAUUACUAAUUAAUGGUGACUAUUAAAUAACAACUGUGUUGACAGGCCCUUGCUGAUGGAUGAUACUGAUGCCGUUGUCCAAGAGGUAGGGUGGUUUGUCCCUGGUUAGCACCACAAGCCUUGCUUAGUUAAUUUUUUUUGUUGCAUCUUGAAAGCCACCAAGCUAGAGAAGGUUGCUCACUGGGAAGGAAUUGUCCCCAGUGAAAUAGAUCCCUGUCAAUAAAGCAGAGUUAAAUGGCCAUUCCAUUCAAUUCAAUUCAACAGCCUUUCUGUCGUACCAGUGGAGACUGUGUUUCUGUAGGGUCCAAUUUCCACAUGACUUUCUCUCUAGUGUUCCAAAAACUGGAUAACUUAUAGCAAAGGAGUUGUUUGAAACAUGACCCAGUAUGUGGCAAGUGAUGUGUGGUUACUUCAGCUGUAACCUCUUGACAGGUGUGGAGCAGUCGACUUCAGUGUUCUUCCUACUCUCCUGCUUUUACAGGACAUUGUGGUCUGAUGGUGACACUGUGAGAGUGGUGCAUAAGUCCCCUCUGUAUGGAGACUGAACCAUAUCCAACACAGUUCAACCUAACAGCACAGUACAUAGACUGUAGACUUCAGUGUCCCCUUCUGUCAGUUUGAACAAUUCCUGUUAUAACGGUAUUGUACAAAGAAUGUGGGAGGAAAAUAUUCUGUCUAUUUCACUCAUUAUCCAAUGUAAAUCCUACAAACCACGAAAUACCAAGUCCAGAAUUCAGUUGGUUCAAAGGGAUGGGGGAGCUGAAUUGUUUCAGGUGACUGUAGAUAACUUUACAUAAAAAAGGACCUACUUUAUAAUUGUUCUGUACUUGCUGAUGUUACUGGAUUUAUAGACAGAAGUGGAGUUUUAAAGAGAUUAAAAUGUGAGUCCUAUAAAAAGCAAAUUCUCUGAUCUAAUUAUUGUUUGAGCAUUUUUGAUAACUUAUUCCAAGUCUUUCGACCUGCUGAGAUUAAAACCAUGGGAGGAGUGGUCAUAAUUUGUAGAAUUCUUAGCUCCUUGUGAAGGAUUGCCUGAGGCAAGUUAAUUACGCUUGUAUUUCUGUCGCCAAACUGUAUCAAUUUCAGUCAGAUUAAACAAGACAUAGGAGCAGAAUUAGCCCAUUCAGCCCAUCGAAUCUGCUGCACUAUUCGAUCAUAGCUGAUGUAUUUUCCCUCUUAACUCCAUUCUCCUACCUUCUCCCUGUAACUUUUGACACCCUUACUAAUCAAGAACCUAUCAACCUCUGCUUUAAAUACGUAUAUCCAAUAACUUGGCCUCCACAGUCCUCUGGCAAUGAAUUCCACAGAUACACCAACUUCUGGUUAAAUAAACUUCUCUUAAAGGCACAUCCUAUUCUGAGGCUGUGCCCUCAGAUCCUAGACUCUCCCACUAUUGGAAACAUCCUUUCUGUCUAGGCCUUUCAAUAUUCAAUACGUUUCAAUGAGAUUCCCCCUCAUUCUUCUAAGCCCCAGUGAAUGUAGGUCCAAAAUUAUCAAAUGCUCCUCUUACAUUCAUUUCUGGCAUCAUUCUAGUAAACCUCUUCUGGACUCCAGUGGCAGUACAUUCUUUCUUAGAUAUGGAACCCAAAACUGCUCACAAUACUCCCAAGUGUGGUCUGACCACCGGCUUAUAUAGCCUCAGAACUACAUCCUUUUAUAUUCUAGUGCUCUCGAGAUGAAUGCAUUUGCUUUCCUUACUACCGAUUCAACCUGCAAGUUGACCUGUAUGGAAUCUGCACUAGGGCUCCCAGGUUCUUUUGCACCUCAGAUUUCUGAAUUUGCUCUCCCUUUAUUCCUUCUACCAAAGUGUGGGACAUCCCAGUUGCCAAGACUAUUAGUAUCCCAUAAAUCUGCCCGUGAAUUCUAGCUCUGAACAUAGAGGAUUGCCCAGGAAUGGACCCUUUGGCCUACACUGAUGUGUUGAACUAAUUAAAUUAGUAAUCAAAUGCACAACUAAGCUAAUCCCUUCUUCCUACACAAUGGGCCCAUAUCAGAAUGUGGUUUAUUAUCACCGGCAUGUGAUGUGAAAUUUGUUAACUUAGCAGCUGCAGCAGUUCAAUAGAAUACAUAAUCUAGCAGAGAGAGAAAAAAAUAAUUAAAAUAAAGCAAGAAUAAAGGGAGGUAGUGUCCAAAGCUUCAAUGUCCAUUUAGGAAUCGGAUGGCAGAGAGGAAGAAGCUGUUCCUGAAUUGCGGAAUGUGUGCCUUCAGGCUUCUGUAUCUCCUGCCUGAUGGUAACAGAGAGAAGGCAUGCCCUUCCAUUUCCUACAUAUUUGUAUGCCUAUCUAGAAUGACUUCAAAGGCUACUAUCAUGUUUGCAUCCGCCACUAUCCCUUGCAACAUAUUUCUGUGUGAAUAAAGAAAAUGCCCUGCUUAUUUCCUUUGAACUGUAGGAUUCUGUUUAAAUCUAUGGUUCUUUUAGAACUCAAGGAGGCACAAAACUUCAUGAUCCUUUUGUUAACAUUUGAUAGAAUAAAAGGAAGUUGAAACAAACAGUGAUAGAUAAUAGAAACACAGAAAAUAGGUGCAGGAGUAGGCCAUUCGGCCCUUCGAGCCUGCACCGCCAUUUAUUAUGAUCAUGGCUGAUCAUCCAACUCAGAACCCCGCCCCAGCCUUCCCUCCAUACCCCCUGACCCCCGUAGCCACAAGGGCCAUAUCUAACUCCCUCUUAAAUAUAGCCAAUGAACUGGCCUCAACUGCUUCCUGUGGCAGAGAAUUCCACAGAUUCACCACUCCCUGUGUGAAGAAGUUUUGCCUAAUCUCGGUCCUAAAAGGCUUCCCCUCUAUCCUCAAACUGUGGCCCCUCGUUCUGGACUUCCCCAACAUCGGGAACAAUCUUCCUGCAUCUAGCCUGUCCAAUCCCUUUACGAUUUUAUAAUGCAUCUUUGUGGCUACUUUUUACCCAUAAAGAUAAGGAACCUCCAAGAGGAAUACAAACUUGUCACAGUUUGCGGGCUUGCGUGACUCAAUGACCCAGAGAAGUAUGUUGGCUUAAGUCGGGGCUUUAUGCUUUGUCUCUUGGUAGGGUCACCCAUGCCAAACAGGUCAAUGGGUAGUCGUCGUAAUUAGGUCGCAUCUGGAAUGUCCAGCUGGCGGAUGAUUUCCCUCCACGCUGCUCUGACAUAUUGGGAAAUUAUGUACUUGGCAGGUUACAGCAGUGGUUUGCCUUUGCCUUCUGCCGGGUGAGUUUAAAGAGACCACCACCUCUUGCAGUGGAUGACCAGGACGUACAAGUCCCCUGUCAUGCUCUUAGCACUCUACAACGCCUGCUGGCCUCCUCCUUGACCGUUGGACUGUCUCCUCUGCUCAAUCUGCCAGAGCCAGACUUCACACGCUGGGAUAGGCAGAUCCCCUACCUCACUGAGGGUCGAAGACCCGUUGGCUACCCUCACCUGAUUUGGCCCGUCUGCGGAGACGGUUUACCGGGGUGUGGCCGCUGUAUAUGUUACAGCUACUUGGAGCCACAGGUGAGAGCUGAGCGCCAGGUGGGGACCAAAGGUGGACGAGCUGCCCCGAAAAAGGGCACGGCAGGCACCCCCCCUCCCUACCAGAGGUGCUACCCCUCCCUAGACACCCCAUACAUCCCCAAUGGGUAGAAGACAGACUGGAAGUGGUCCUCCAGGUUUGUGGGUUCAGUUCAGGGCUAACAAUUCUGACUGGUAAAACAAAAUUGUUACAGAAACAGCAAUGAAGAACCCUACAUCUGAGUUUAACAGUAUUCCUUUGCUUCUCUUCCAUGACUGACAAUAGUGAAAACCGAGAGGAAGCUACUGACAUGAUGAAGGAAGCCCUGAAUAUUGUCAGAGAUGGAGGACCUUCAUUGCUGCCCUAAAUACCUGUGGUGUAAUGGGCAGUAUGUAAGAAAUAAAGAAAUUCCAUGCAAAUCUAUAGAUAAGAAACAACCAAUUAGUAAGUACUCAUUCAAUACUGCAGUACCAAGUUAGCAAUGAGAAAGCAGUUAUUCAAGCAAUGCAGAACAAAGAAACUUAAAGAGCAUUCCAGAAUUGUACUUUGUAUAGUCACUAGAGGCAUAUUAAACUGUUAUGAGCAUAUUAACAACUUAUUAAAUUCAAGUAGAUAACUAUCUGUUAAACUGCAAAAAAAAAUUAAACAGUUGGGUGCAACAAUCCUCCCUUUGAUUCUAAAUCACAUGUUUAGAAUCAUUACAUCUGAAGUUUCAGAGGCAGAAAACUUAUGGUAUCUGUUUCACCUCAGAUGGCUGAAGAAGGUUGGUAUGGACCCCAAAUCCUAAGAACUUUCUACAGGGGCAUAAUUGAGAGCAUCCUGACUGGCUGCAUCACUGCCUGGUAUGGGAACUGUACUUCCCUCAAUUACAGGAAUCUGCAGAGAGUGGUUCUUAAUUAGGAUCCAUUUGCCAGGAACCAGGAUGUGUCCUCCUGUUAGGUCUUCCCAAAAGUCAGCUGUGGAGGUCAAGUCUUUAUGUAUAUUUAAGGCAGAGGUUGAUAGAUUCUUGAUUGGUCAGGGCAUGAAGGGAUAGAGGGAGAAGGCAGGAGAUUGGUCUGAGUGGAAAAUUGGAUGAAACAUGAUGAAAUGGAUGGGCCAAAUGGCACAAUACUGCCCCAAUAUUUUAUGGUCUAAACCUGUUAAGAAGCAGACAGUGGUUUGAGUUAAUUUCAAAAUCAGAAUCAGGUUUAUUAUCACCAGCAUGUGACGUGAAAUUUAGGGCAGCAGCAGUUCAAUGCAAUACGUCAUAUAGAAGAGGAAAAAAAUACAUAAAAUAAAAAUAAGUCAAUUACAGUAUAUGUAUAUUGAAAAGAUUUAAAAUGUGCAAAAAAACAAAUAUGGUGUGUUAAUAAAGUAAGUCCAAGGGUUCAAUGUCCAUUUAGGAAUCGGAUGACAGAGGGGAAGAAGCUGUUCCUGAAUCGCUGAGUGUGUGCCUUCAGGCUUCUGUACCUCCUACCUGAUGGUAACAGUGAGAAAAGGGCAUGCCCUGGGUGCUGGAGGUCCUUAAUAAUGGGCGCUCCCUUUCUGAGACACCGCUCCCUGAAGAUGUCCUGGGUACUUUCUAAGCUAGUAUCCAAGAUGGAGCUGACUAGAUUUCCAACCUUCUGCGGCUUCUUUUGGUCCUGUGCAGUAGCCUUCUUCUCUCCCCACCCCCCACCC